CGCUUUGUAUCACAUGAAAGUGAAAGUAGAGUCCCACUAUGACAAUUAGCUGUAAAGUAGCAACAGAGUGUUAUCCUGUAUCACAGUCAAAGUAUUAUGAGGAUGUCAUAGAAAAAAAGUAUGGAGAGAUCCACAAGAUAUGGAUGACUCCAGGACACAUUUUCAUCACUGUGAAGGAGGGGAGACAACUAUUUACUUUCGAUAACAAAUCAGCAAGUAGAACAAUUGACAACAGUUUUGAAAACUGUUUGGAAAAGAAAGAAUUUGAAUCACCAAUUUUAGAUGUUUUAGUCUCUGCCACAAAUUAUAGCCUGAUAUUUAUCGUAGAAGUAAGUGGCUAUGUACAAUGUUGGAGAUAUAAAACCGAAGGAUGGACAUUUCUGUGGGUACUUGAUAUUUGUAAUGUAAAUCAGACAUCUGUUGUCAGUGUGUGUCUUCAUCCAUCACAGAAUACAUUGUAUUGGUGUGAAGAACGCAACAUUGAGGAUAGAACAAUUUAUUGUAUAUGUAAAAGACAGUUGCCUGAAGAUGAAAAGAAAUUAGAGAACAGUGAAAUUGGAAAUCCUAUUGUUGUAAUGCACAAUUGUCCGUCAUGUCACAUUUAUCCAGCCAUUUCAGGACUAUAUAUAGUUGUCAGAAAUAAACUGCCAUUGGUGUCCAUGGUGAUAUUAUUGUUGUUUAAUUAUUCAAACAAGAUUAUAGUCAGCAUUGGUAAGCAGAAAACAGAGUUGACAGAUUUCAGCAUAAAUCGACCAAUAGAAUUCAGCAAACUAGCCGUAAAAUUAGCAGGAUUUAUUUCUAAGGUUAAGCCAACUGAUCAUUUAGGAGGAAUUAUUUACAGAAUACAGGACAUGAACUUGUCAAUAGUUCUGAAAGAUGGCAGUAUUGUUAGCUUAAGAGAAAAUGAAGGGGAUAAAAAGAAGACACAGUUUAUGAUUGAUUUACAGAAUGUUUCAGAUGAAUGGUUUGAAUUUCAGAAAUUCAUAGGUUCUUUGCAGGGCUCAAAGAUAAUAUUGUACAGGAAACUGGAGCAGGGAUCCAGACUGGAACAAAUACCAGUAAAAAGCCCUGAUGGAAGUCCUAUUAUAGGCUUUUGUAAACUGAGCAUUGGAACGAUGUGGCCAGCAUUUUACACAGAAAACAACAUAUACACAAUUCAAUGGUCCUGUAAAGAUGACAAGCAGACAAUAGAUACAUUGGUAAAAUCAGGUAACUUCCAAACACCAGCAGUUCAUAUAGCCUUGUUAGAACAGAGGAAAACUGAUGAUCCAUCCCCUGAGGUAUACACAGAUCUUUCUAAACUCAGACAGAACCACUUGAUGGACCAGAAUAAAGAACCAGCAACAAAACUGGCUGUUUUAUUAGAGCCAUAUCUGAAGAACUACUGGGAAUUGGAUGGUUUACAGCAAGCAUUUCUGAGGCAAAACUCUAAUUUACCAGAACUAUCAUGUAGAGGUGUAGAAGAUGAAGUACUUCAUACAAUAUCACCUCAGACAAUGAUGCCAAUGUCUGCCAGACAAUCGUGGCUACUUAUUCUCUCUAAUAUCUACCCUCAGCAAGUCCUUAAAGUUCUCAAUACUCUAAUGGACUUUGAAAAUCAUGAAGGCAUUGGUUCAUCACAUAUACAGAGAUGGCAGUGUAUAUUGGCCAAUGAAAACACAGUAAGUCCUGUAAGCAGUGAUGUGGCAGUUCCAUUGUUUGAGCAUUUAUGCAGGCUUAUGUUGCUCAUUCAACCAGAAAAAUUAGUCCAGUUUGUAAAAGUGUGUCAGAUGAUAAACAAUCAGAAAGUUGGUGUGUCAGCAUUUAUUAGGAAAAGACAAGCGCUUCAGUACUAUGAUAGAGCUUUGGACUGUUUACCACCACCUAAAGGUUCACAAAAUCCUAAGGAGGCAGUGAAUGCUUACGUUGAACUGUUGAUGGCAAGUGAGAAAUCCCAUUGUGAGAAUACUGCAUUGAAGAUGUUCAUUGAUCAUGGACACUGGAAGGAUUCUAUUGAGCUUAUCAAGAAAUAUAAAGAGAAUAAGACAUUGUAUGGCAAUCUCUACCUCACACUGUUCAGGGCUAUGUCACUGAAAGAAGUGUUAUCAGAAUAUGCAAAAGAAAUGUUCUUAGAGUCACCAGAAAAUUCUUGCUUAGCACAAAUUUCAUCAUUUUUGUUGCCAAAAGAUGCUACUAGUACCAAAGAUGUUUUUGUCAACUCAUCCUGUGAUAUUCCAAUGCAUGCCAUACGAUCAUCAUUGUUAAAGUACUACACACCGAAAUCGUGAUAUAUGGACAUGUAUAAAAGUACACUUGCAAUUUGACUGAUAGAAUGUGCAAUAUUAAUGUUAAGUUUGUGAAUAAAAAAUGAAUAAA